AUGGCGCUUUUCAAAGAUCCAAGAACAGCUAUUCUCAUCAUUGUCUACAUUGGACUAUUUCUUGAUUUCAUUUUGAUGUCUGUUAUUAUUCCAAUUAUCCCUGAAUAUCUUCUCCGAAUCGCUCACCCAAACGAGACUGAAUUUUUGUUGAGUCAGGGAACAAACGUCACAGCCAAUGAAUCGGCAAAACGCCAUGAUUUAAUUAUGGAAUCCGGCGUCUAUUUCAGUAUUCUUUAUGGAGCAAAAGCGUGCUUACAACUUUUAACAAAUCCAAUUGUUGGACAUUUUACAAAUCGAAUUGGUUCUUCUUUACCAUUAUUUAUUGGAUUUUCUAUUAUGACUGGUUCAACUGUGCUCUUUGCUUUCGGAACGAGUUUUCCAGUUUUAUUGAUCGCAAGAGCUUUACAAGGAGUCGGAUCAGCUUGUACGGCGACAGGAGGAAUGUCUCUACUCGCCAAAAUCUACACUGAUGAAAAGGAGCGAAGUUGGGCUAUUGGAAGCGCUUUGGCAGCAACAGCAUUAGGAGAUAUGGCUGGUCCACCAUAUGGAGGCACUCUAUAUCAUUAUGCCGGCAAAGAACUACCAUUUCUGAUUCUCGCCUCAUUGGGAGCCAUUGGUGGCGUUCUUCAACUCAUUAUGCUUUCCCCAAAAAUCGAGAAAAAUCAAGCCGACGAGAAGCCGAGUUCAAUGAAGGCUUUACUUUUUGAUCCAUAUGUCAUUAUCAAUCUCGCUGGCAUCUUAUUCACUUAUCUUGGUUGGUCAGCUAUGCAAGCAGUGAUUCCUGUUUGGUUAAUCGACAAUUUUGGAGCGAACUCGCUUCAAAGAGGUUUAAUCUAUCUUCCUUGUUCGAUUAUGUAUAUCUUUGCAACUAGUUUCUUUGGUCCAAUUGCAUACAAAAUUGGAAGAUGGCGGACGGCACUUCUUGGUCUAACUCUCAUGAGUCUUUCUCAAUUUUUUGUACCACUUGUACCCAGUCUUUAUUGGUUAACUGGUCCCUUUUUUGUCCUUGGAAUCAUGAUUGCAAUUGUUGACUCUGCUCUUUACCCAAUGUUAAGCUAUUUGGUGGAAAUUCGACAUCAAAAUGUAUUUGGAUCAGUCUACGCGAUGGCUGAUGCAGUCUAUUGUAUUGCUCAAAUGGCUGGCCCGUUUACAGCUGGUCAAAUCGUUGAUCGAAUCGGAUUUAGAUACACCACACAGCUUGCCGCUUUGCUGACUUUCCUGGCAGCUCCAAUGAUGUUCUUCUUGCGAAAUCCGUCAGUCAAGAAUCCUAAAAAGCUCUUAACUAAUGACACCAAUGCUUAUUCGCAAUCGAUCAGCUCCCAAGAUAUCGCUAAAAAGGAUAAAGUUGUUGAAGCACAUGAAAUCGAUUCAAAA